AUGAGAAACCACACAGCCAUAAACACCUUCAUCCUCCUGGGGCUAACAGAUGACCCGCAACUGCAGAUCCUGACUUUCGUAUUUCUAUUCAUCGCCUACCUGCUGAGCAUAACAGGGAACAUGACCAUCAUCCUCCUCGUGUUAGUGGAUAACCACCUUAAAACUGCCAUGUACUAUUUUCUCCAAAAUUUUUCCUUCUUAGAAAUUUCAUACACUUCUUCCUGCAUUCCCAGGUACUUAUACAAUCUAUCAACAGGCGACAGGACCAUUACCUACAGUGCUUGUCUAAGCCAACUAUAUUUUAUAUAUGUGUUUGCAGUAACACAAUUUUUUCUCCUGACCGUCAUGUCCUAUGACCGGUACGUGGCCAUCUGCAAACCCCUGCACUAUGUGACCAUCAUGAACCGCAGGGUCUGCAAAAUGCUUGUCUUCUGCUGUUGGAUGAUGACUUUGUCAUUGAUUUUCCCAGUAUACAUUUUGGUACUGGGCUUGGAGUUCUGCGACUCCAAUGCCAUCGACCACUUUGCCUGUGAUGCUCAGCCUCUGAUGAAGAUCGCAUGCUCAGAUACUGGGCUCGUAGAGCAGACAAUUGUUAUCUGCUCAGUGCUGAUCUUCAUCCUGACUCUUGUGUGUGUGGUUUUGUCCUAUGCUUAUAUCAUCAGAACAAUCCUGAGGUUCCCAUCAGCCCAGCAAAGGAAGAAGGCGUUUUCCACCUGCUCUUCCCACAUGAUUGUGCUUUCUAUCUCCUACGGCAGCUGCAUCUUUAUCUAUACCAAACCUUCAGCAAAAGAUGACGUGGCCAUGAAUAAAGGGAUUAUACUAUUGAACACUUCCAUCUCCCCCAUGUUAAACCCAUUUAUUUAUACUCUGAGGAAUAAACAAGUCAUCCAAGCCUUUACUGACUUAAUCACAAAAUUGUACCCCUCUCAAGGCAUCAGAGGAAUAUUGAAGUAA